GCUGGCUCCUCCCGCGGGGCGGCACCUCCCUCGCUCCCGCCCCUCCGCUCGCUCCCCUCCCCCUCCCUCCUGCUCCCCGCCCCCCGCCCCCCGCCUUUCCUCCGCCGCCUCGUCCGCCAGCUCGCUCGGCCGAGCUCCCCCGCCGCCGGCGCCCCGGACCCGGACCCGGACGUGAGCGCCACCGCCCCGCCCCGGCGGCCCGGCCCGCGGCCAUGAACCUCUUCCGAUUCCUGGGGGACCUUUCCCACCUCCUGGCCAUUAUCUUGCUGCUCCUGAAGAUCUGGAAGUCCCGCUCCUGUGCCGGGAUCUCUGGGAAGAGUCAGGUGCUGUUCGCCGUGGUCUUCACCGCUCGCUACCUGGAUCUGUUCACCAACUACAUCUCGCUCUACAACACGUCCAUGAAGGUGGUCUACAUCGCCUGCUCCUUCACCACCGUCUGGAUGAUCUAUAGCAAGUUCAAGGCCACCUACGAUGGCAACCACGACACGUUCCGCGUGGAGUUUCUGGUGGUCCCCACGGCCAUCUUGGCCUUUCUGGUCAACCAUGACUUCACACCCCUCGAGAUCCUCUGGACCUUCUCCAUUUACCUGGAGUCGGUGGCCAUCCUGCCGCAGCUGUUCAUGGUGAGCAAGACGGGGGAGGCCGAGACCAUCACCAGCCACUACCUGUUUGCCCUGGGCGUCUACCGCACGCUCUAUCUCUUCAACUGGAUCUGGCGCUACCAGUUCGAGGGCUUUUUCGACCUCAUUGCCAUCGUGGCCGGCCUGGUACAGACGGUCCUCUACUGCGACUUCUUCUAUCUCUACAUCACCAAAGUCUUAAAGGGGAAGAAGCUGAGCCUGCCUGCAUAGUGGCGGCUCCCCCUGGCAUCUCCUCAGCAGAAGCGGCGGUGGCGAAAGGAGCGCGCGUGGCUGGAGUGGGGCAGGGGCCCCGCACCCUGCCCGGCCCAAGGGGUAACGUUUCAAAAGAAUCAAUGGACCCUUCCGCCCUCCCCCCUCCGGGCAGGGGGACCCCAGCCCCGGCGAGCUCCAGCUCUGGAUCUUGUUUGCCUUUUCGAGAAACAAAGACGAGCAGUCUCUUUGGAUUUGAUUUGGGUUUAGAUAACUCCCCUCCCCUUCCGCCAUCUUGUCGGCCUCCGGACACCUGGGUUUUUCUACACUUCUGGGGGCUGGAUGGGGGGCCCCCGGCCGAGUCCCCGCUCUUCCCUGCCGCCCGCCUCUUUCCCCUCCAGUACUUUGCCAAACACUCGGCCUCUUCCCUGGCCAACAGGACCCUCCUGCGACUUUUUUCUGGAGAACAGUUGGCUGGGGCGGCUCCUCCCCGCCGUCUUUUCUAUCUUUUUUGUCCGUUUUUUGUCCAGGGCCAUGGGGAGGGAGGGAAGGGGCCAUGCCCCGUUUUUGUACAGAAUUGAUGGUCAACUCCUUGUUCACUUGAAAUAAAGAUGAAAAUGAACUUC